AUGGGCAUCAUGACGGCCGUCUGCACGAAUCCCAUCUGGGUGAUUAAGACCCGCAUGCUCUCCACCGGCCGCAACACGCCCGGCGCCUACCAGAGCAUCUCCCACGGCGCGUCGGAGAUUCUGCGCACCGAGGGAAUCCCUGGCUUUUACCGUGGCCUCAUCCCCUCUCUGUUCGGCGUCUCGCACGGCGCGAUCCAGUUCAUGGCAUACGAGCAGUUAAAGUACUACCGGGGCGGCCAGAUUGGCGGCCGGUCGGAGCUGAGCAACUUCGACUACCUGUAUCUCAGUGCGUCAUCGAAGAUCUUCGCGGGUAGCAUCACGUACCCGUACCAGGUCGUGCGAUCCAGACUGCAGACGUACGACGCAAGCGCAGCCUAUCGAUCGGCGCGGGACGUGGUCACGCAGAUCUGGAUCAGGGAGGGAGCGUCGGGCUUUUACAAGGGGUUGCUGCCAAACAUCGUGCGCGUCCUGCCGACCACUUGCGUGACGUUCCUAGUGUACGAAAACACCAAGUUCUACCUCCCAAGGAUCUGGCAUCCCGAGGGCGACCAUGAGACGGAUUGA